CAUUUGAUUUUCAAAAAAACAAAAAGAACCCACCUUUUGUUAUUCUUUUCCCUCACUCUCACACUCCUCCUCCUCUUCAGAUCUCAAUCUCACCUACUGGUGGUGGAGCGCACAAACAAUCAAACGUUACAACCUCAACUCCAUUAUUUUAGCCUUCUUCUCACUUCAAAAAUCCAUUCCUCUGCACAAAAACAAUCCAUUUCUGCAAUACCCAUCAGCAAAAAUGAGUACACAACCACCCAAAUCAUCAAAACCCCCAACAAAACCCUCAAAUCAAACCCAACCCACCUCAAGAUCUUCCUCAUUAUCAACCCACUUAGCCAAUGUUGAACUCAAGCAACGAAUCAUAACCUCAAUCUCCAAGCUUGCUGACCGUGACACCCACCAGAUUGCCAUUGAAGAUCUUCACUCCAUUACUCACUCCAUUUCACCCGAAGCUCUUCCCAUGUUGCUCAACUCGGUUUAUGACUCACUGUCUGACUCUUCCAGUGCCAAACCCUCGGUAAAGAAGGAGUCUUUGCAUUUACUUUCACUUAUUUGCCAGUCUCAUAGGGAUUUAACUGUGCCCCACUUGACUAAAAUUAUUGCCCACAUUGUUAAGAGGCUUAAGGAUUCGGAUUCUAGUGUUAAAGAUGCUUGUAGGGAUUCUAUUGGGGCUUUGUCAUCGUUGUAUUUGAAGGGUAAUGGUAACGGUGGUGGUGGUGAUGGCGGGGGAUCCAUGGUGGGGUUAUUUGUUAGGCCUUUGUUUGAGGCCAUGGGAGAGCAGAAUAAAAGUGUGCAAUCUGCUGCGUCAGUUUGUAUGGCAAAAAUGGUGGAUUGCGCGGCAGGAGGGGGUAAUGAUGGUGGUGGUGGUGGUUGUGUUCCAAUUGGGGCAUUCCAGAAAUUGUGUCCGAGGAUUUGUAAGCUGUUGAAUGGGCAGAAUUUUAUUGCUAAAGCUGCUUUGUUGGGGGUCGUCACGAGUUUAUCACAGGUUGGAGCAGUUGCACCACAAGGGUUAGAUCCAUUGUUGCAAAGUAUUUAUGACUGUCUUGGAAGUACAGAUUGGGCAACACGUAAGGCUGCAUCCGAUACUCUGAUUGCCUUAGCAUUGCAUUCAAGAAGCUUGAUUGGAGACGGAGAUGCGAAUUCCACUGUCACGGUGCUCGAGUCUUGCCGAUUUGACAAGAUAAAGCCUGUCAGAGAUAGUAUGACAGAGGCAUUGCAACUAUGGAAGAAGAUUGCAGGAAAAGCUGAAGAUAGUACCGUGGAUGAUCAAAAGGCUUCCUCUCGUGAUGGGAGCCUUCCAGAAAACUUGGAGUUGCCAGGCAAGAUUUCAAAUAAUGGUGACCAGAAAGUAGAGCCUUUGGCAAAAGAUUCAUCCAAGGUUUCUUCCUUGAAUACGGAUUCUGUUGCAAAAAGCAAAGCUGGAAGCAUUGCUGACAAAGCAGUUGUAAUAUUGAAAAAGAGGGCACCUGCCUUGACGGAAAAAGACUUGAACCCAGAAUUCUUUCAGAAACUUGAAACAAGGGGAUCUGAUGAUCUGCCUGUAGAAGUUGUUGUUCCUCGUAGAUGCAUCAACAUCUCAAAUUUGAACGAUGAAGACCCAAAAUCACGUGAUUCAGAAUCAAGGCUAAGGUCAAACCACAUGGGAAACAGCCAAUCAGAUGAUCUCCAUGGAUCUUUCAGUAAGCACCGCAACAUUGAAAGAGGAAAUGCUGGUAAAGAUUCAAGAAGUAGAGCAUUUGACGAUGACAGGCUUGAUGUAAAUCCUAGGGAAUCAUCUGGCAGCCGUGCGGGUUUCUCUAAAUCUGAUGGCCAAUCUGAAGGAUCUUUUAUUCAUAGUAAAGGAAAUUGGUUGGCUAUCCAAAGGCAGCUACUUCAGUUGGAGCGACAACAAUCUCAUAUCAUGAAUAUGCUGCAGGAUUUCAUGGGUGGGUCUCAUGAUAGCAUGGUAACUUUGGAAAACCGAGUUAGGGGCCUAGAGAGAAUUGUUGAAGACAUGGCACGGGAUUUGUCAAUUUCAUCCGGACGAAGAGGUAGUAAUUAUCCAAUGGGUUUUGAGGGAUCUAAUAGACCUUUAGGGAAAUAUGAGUACUCCGGUGCAAAGUAUAAUGCACGGGGUCCUUUUGGUGAUAGAUUUACCCAAUCUGAAAUUGGUGCUUCAGGCAUGAGAGGAAGAGGCUCUCAAUGGAGACCUGAUAUGUCUGAUGCUUGGGAUUUUCCAGCUUAUGGCCCAUCCAGGAAUGGGCAAAUUAGCUCAAGGAGACCUCCUAGUGGUGGAUCUGUAGAUGGAAGAUCACGAUCACCCAAAUCGGAACCUGAAAGUGACCAGGUUGGCAGCAGGAGAGCGUGGGAUAAAGGGGGUGGACCAGCUAGGCUUGGUGAGGGACCUUCUGCUAGAAGUGUCUGGCAAGCCUCCAAAGAUGAAGCUACUUUGGAAGCAAUUCGGGUUGCUGGAGAGGACAAUGGGAUAUCUCGAACAGCAAGAGUUGCCAUCCCUGAGUUGACGGCAGAAGCUAUGGGAGAUGAUAAUGGUGGGCCUGAGCGGGAUCCUAUUUGGACAUCUUGGAGCAAUGCAAUGGAUGCCAUUAAAGUGGGAGAUAUUGAUACAGCUUAUGCUGAAGUUGUAUCUACUGGGGAUGAUUUCUUGCUUGUAAAGCUCAUGGAUAGAUCAGGUCCCGUGAUUGAUCAGCUUUCAAAUGAGACGGCAUGCGAAGUGUUGAAUGCCAUCGUGCAAUUUCUGCUGGAACAGAACUUGUUUGACAUCUGUUUGUCUUGGAUUCAUCAGUUGAUAGAGUUAGUGAUGGAAAAUGGAGCCGAUGUGUUGGGCAUUCCAAUGGAAUUGAAGAAAGAAGUUCUAUUUAAUUUACAUGAAGCUUCUACAACAAUGGAUCUUCCUGAAGACUGGGAAGGUGCUACACCUGAUCAACUUCUAAUGCAGUUAGCAUCUGCCUGGGAAAUCGAAUUACAAGACAAGUAGUCAUCAGACUCUCUCCUUUUUUUGUUGUACAAAUCUUUUGAUCAAUAUGGUAAAGCUACAACACUCAUUGAUUUGAUUAUAUACAAUCUGUGUUCUGUGGAUCCACUGAAAUUUAAUUCCAACUUAUUUCUUCA